CUCGUACCUGGUCCUGGCCAGUCCACUCCUUCGACUCAUUCUCAUUUCCGCUUCACAGCAGUGUAAAUUUAGUGCUGGGGAAAAGGAUGGCCAGGCGCCGCAAAACUUACCACUUGCCUCGAUAAUGUAAAGUUUCGACGUUUGUUGUUAGUGUAUCAACGUUAUCAAGUGAGGAGAACCAUCAUAAAUGUACAUGAUGGGAAAUUCCGACAGCCGCAACCUCGACCAUGGGCACAACCGUUACGAUGGUCGAGGAACUGGGCUCGAGUUGCAGCGAAAACCAUCCGUUCCAGUGCCCCGUUUACCAAUGCCAGAUGGAGUAGAACUGGAAAGGAGAUUCACAAAAGUCUUGACUUCUAUGGAUUUGCCCCCAGACAAAGCAAAAGUUUUGAAAGGAUAUGAUGAUGAAAGAAAAUGGGACCUCAUUUGUGAUCAGGAGCGUGUACAUGCCAAAGAUCCUCCUCAUGUCUAUCUGGAUAAACUUAAAACCUAUCUGGACCCUAAGGCUACCAGGAGCUCACGGCAAGCCAUGUGUAUUGCCAUUCACACAAUGAUUCCAGUUCCAUUCAUCAAACGCAAAAUGCUUGGCGACUCAACCUCUACUCAAGUCCUCAGAGACCUGGAGAUUUCACUUCGGACCAAUCACAUAGAAUGGGUGCGUGAGUUUUUGAAUGAAAGCAACAAAGGUCUAGAUGUCCUAGUGGAUUACCUGUCAUUUUCGCAAGUGGUUAUGAGGCGAGAGCAGCUCCUCAAUAACGAAAAGACUGCCAGCCUAGACUCUGGGCUGAGCCGAAGUCCACGUCGCUACCUGAAGCGCUCCAACACGAUUGGCUCACCGCGCAACAGCAAACAUAUCAACAAGCUGAACAUGGGCGAGGCCCGGGACGACGUUCACGUCUGCAUCAUGUGUCUGCGCGCCAUCAUGAACCACCAGUAUGGUUUCAACCUUGUCAUUGCUCAUAAGGAUGCAAUCAACUGUAUAGCUCUCAGUCUCAACCACAGAAGCUUAAGAACCAAAGCGCUGGUGUUGGAGUUGUUGGCAGCUGUAUGUCUAGUCGCAGGAGGUCAUGAUAUUAUUCUCUCAGCAUUUGACAACUUUAAGGAGGUGUGUGGGGAGUUGCAUAGGUUUGAGACUCUCAUGGACUAUUUCAAAAAUUAUGAUGAAUUCCACAUAGAUUUUAUGGUUGCCUGUAUGCAGUUCAUCAAUAUUGUUGUCCACUCUGUCGAAAAUAUGAAUUUCCGUGUCCAUCUUCAACAUGAAUGUACAAACAUUGGCCUGGAUGACUAUCUUGCUAAACUGCGCAAUACAGAGAGUGACCGUCUGGCCGUACAAGUCCAUGCGUAUGUGGAUAACAUGAUAGAUGUGGCUCAGCUCCUGGAAGACUCAGAGACAAAGACCGAUGCCCUGGAGAAGGUAGCGGAGCUGGAAGAUGACUUGUCACACGUGACAGAGCGCCUGGCCGAGGUAGAAGAAGAGGCCAUGACCAAAACAGUGGAGUUGGAGAAACAGUUAUCUGAAGCAAACACAGAACUUGAAGAACUAAGGGAAGUGGUUGCGAAGCAGGACAUGGAGAUGGGCUUGCUGAGGAAGACAAUGUUUGAGAAGGAUGAGGAGUCAAGGAAGCGGCUGAGUAUGCUGGAUGCCAAGCUGUUAGAGUUGGAAACCUUGAAGUCUCUACCUGGAAGUAGCGGCUCUCAGGAAGGCUCCCCUGUCAAGACCCCAAAUUCCCCUGUGGCAGCUCCUCCCCCUCCCCCGCCUCCUCCACCUGGUUCUGGCAUUCCUUCAAUGGAUGCAAUGACCAUCAAGAAGAAGAUUCAGACCAAAUACCGACUGCCCAUCCUGAACUGGACCCCACUCAAGCCUCAGCAGCUCAAGGGAACUAUCUUCUCCGACUUGGAUGAUGAGAAGCUGUACACAGUGAUCGACUUCAAUGAGUUUGAGGACAUGUUCAGGUUGGGUCCAGCAGGUCCUCUCGCUGCCAGUGGUGACGGCACGCCUAAGAUGCUCAAGAAGAACAAGAAACCAGAGACAAUAUCCCUGCUGGACGCAAACAGACUACGCAAUGUUGCUAUCACCAGGAGAAAGAUAGAACUAUCAAAUGACGAAAUUGUGAAAUGUAUCAACGGGUUGGACUUGAAACGACUCUCCUUAGACAUAGUUGAUAUUAUGAUGACCAUUUUGCCAAAUGACCCUGAGGUGAAGUCCUACAAGAAGUUUGAAAGGGAGAAACAAUCAGUUACACUGCUGUCUGAUGAAGACAAGUUCAUGUUGCAGAUGGUGAAAGUGGAGCGCCUGGCACAAAAACUGCAAAUCAUGAGCUUUAUUGGAAACUUCUAUGACAACCUUCACCAGCUACAGCCCCAAAUUAAUGCAGUCAUAGCAGCAUCUAUGUCUUUGAAAAACUCACACAAAGUCCGAAAAAUAAUGGAGAUCAUUUUGGCUCUUGGAAACUACAUGAACAGCAAUAAGAGAGGAGCUGUGUAUGGCUUCAAAUUACAGAGUUUGGACAUGCUUGUGGACACCAAGUCGGGAGACAAGAAGUCUACCCUAAUGCACUUCCUGGUCCUCACAGUACAGGACAAAUUCCCUGACCUCCUCAAUUUCGACUCGGAGCUCCGAUUCCUGGAUAAGGCAGCAGUUGUGUCCAUGGAGAACAUCAACACAGAUAUCCAUGAGCUGGAGCGGGGCAUGGAGCUCACAAAGAGGGAGUCUGUGCUGAGAAAGGACUCACGAGACCACCCGGUCAUCCUCAAGGAUUUCCUCUCCAAUUCGGAGGACAAGUUCAAGAAGCUGUUGGCAGAUGUCAAGACUGCACAGGAUGCCUACAAAAAAGUGGUUGAGUUCUAUGGAGAGAACCCCAGGAGCAUCUCCCCUGCCCAGUUUUUCUCACAGUUUGUUCGAUUUGUGGCAAGCUUCAAGCAAGCCAUAUUGGAUAAUGAGCGGAGGAAGAAGCUGGACGCUGGCAUGAUGGAGCCAGAGGUGAAGCCAGUCAAGAAGAAGGACAAGAAGAUGACUCAGGAGGCAAUGGUGUCAGAGCUGAAGAAUCGUAAUCGUGAGAUCAAAGAGAAGCGACGUCUGUUGAAGCAGGAUGACAUGUACCAUGGGGCUCUGGAGGACAUUCUCCUCGAUUUGAAGAAUGAGCCAUACCGAAGAGCUGAUGCUUUACGCCGUAGCCAGAGGCGGAGAGCGGAGAACCUGAUCCAAGCCCAGCAGAGUUUGGGAGACAUGUUUUAGUGAUCGACCAGACUUGUACAUAUAUUUUUACCGACACGCUUGCACAAAGACACACACACACGCACACACACGCACACACACACACACACACACAUAUUGAGGAACAUGCACUGGCAAAUGCAAACAUGAAAAAACACACACACACACACACACACACACACACACACCAAACGCACACACAUACACACACACACACACAUGCAAGCACAAACACACAAACACCUACUCACAAUAUUGUACAGUAUAUAGAUAGCUGCCAACCCUAUGUAUGUAGAGCUUUUUUUAACAAGGAAUCGUGAAAGACAUAAGUUAUUUCAGUCCUAUGGUGAUUGUGCAACUGUUAUUUGGAAUGGGUGGUUAACCAAGAAAUCUGUUUGUUGUUUUUUUUAUCAUUGUUACGGUAUGUGGCGCUGUGUAUAAUACUACAUUACUAGUCUUUAUGUAUCGAAAAUGGUUUUAUUACCCAGAUUAUGAGACAUGCCUUGUAUUAGAAAGAUUUGAAAUGGCAGUGAUAUAUAGCAGCUAAGUGUAGAGGAAACUGAUUUUGUUAUGAUUUUUCACCCUUUUCGUUGAACAUCCAUUGGCGUAAUAACUAUUGGAUGUUGCUUAAACAUGUGAGGUCUUCUAUGUCCCAGUUCAAAACUUACCCAAACAGAGAAUACAAUAACAAGUUCACCACCAAAUCGUUGGUGUCAUUCACAAACCUCGAAUCCGCCAUUCUUUUUAUUUUUGCACCACUGGAGCCAUUUUGUUUGUGGCUUAUACUGGCGAUAUGCUCAAGCUGACCCAGACUCUUUAAGUUUUCUUUUGUCAGCAUAUUGGUCUCGGAAUACGUUUAAUUUCAGUGUGAGUGAAUUUCAUUCUUUACUUUGGUUACCAAUUUGAUACAAAGGGACUGAGUCCGUAAGCAACUUUUUUUCCUGAAGACAUUUUUAGAAUGAAAGCGAUUUCAGUCAUCGUGUCAAUUGUCAUACUGUAUUUGAAGAACAGACUUCUUGCUUAUUUUUAUAGAUCUUUUUAAAGAUUUCCUUUGCUACUAAGAUUUGCUGAAAUCUGCACAUUGUCCAUUUCUCUUUCUGUUGCAUUGUUGUGGUUUGAUCUUGGAAUUCCCUGUUUUUAAUGUUAUUGCAUUUUGCAUGUCAUACAGGACCAGAUGAAUACAUUUCAGAUUAUAAAUUUUUUCAACAAUAACUUACACAUUUAUAUCACUUGACUCAGUUUGCUCAUGGAAAGAACAUUUAUACUCAUCCAUGGUUCAGAUAUGUUUUUCGGAUUUUAUUUUUGAAUCGUGCAGUUGCUCACGUAUAUCAUACCAUCAGAUGAGCCACAUCAUUGUUUCUAAUUUUCCAAGUUGAAUACAGAUUUUCGUUAGGUGCUGCACAUAUGUAGCUUUUCUUGGCCAGUUAAGCGCUCGCAUUUUUUGCAUCAAGGUUUGCCUCUAAUGCAUUGUUAUGCUUCUGUCAGUUGUCUGCUGUUGUGUAAAUCAGUAUUUAAGGGGUUCUCCAUAUUGCUACAUGGAAAGACUGCUGCUGUGACUCUGAUUUUUUAUAUGGAGUCACAUCAAAAGUUUUUUUUUCAUGUGGGAAUUGGUUUAAUGUUAAUGGAUGCAUAAACAUCUGUUCUUGGCACCUCAGAGCUUUAUUGCAUUAAAGAGCAAAAGGAGAAAAGGCACUUUUUUUGUAGUUGGGUGUCUGAGAGUUUGCUCUAGAUACAGUCCCUUGUAUGCCUUGUAUGUAUGAUGAAUAAUAAGACAAUUUCAUAUUGUUGCAAGAAUAUCUAGCUAUUUCUACCUUUUCUGUUAAAAUGCAGAUGUUGUAAUUCUUUUGGUUUGUGUAACUAACAAUGCUUGUUGCAUGCUUUCGUCUGUUGUCUUUGACUAUAAAUUAUUCUCAAUGCUUUUGCAUCUGAUUUUGUACAUACUUUUAAUUAUUUUAAAUAUUUUUAAAAAACUAAAUGUGCUACUAGACUUCUGAAGCAGGAGUAUUCAUACCAAGUCUGUAUUGCUUUAAAACAGUUGCCACCUGAAAAAAGAUUAAAUUAAUUCGAAAACAGAGAAUACCAUAUAGGCUCAGGUUUUAACUCACUGACUACUGGCCCCUUUCACCGGUCUCUAGCGCUGAGUACUGGCAUUUUUGGGGGGUAUUUCAAAACACCACCACAACUCUCAGAAUUACCCUAUUAUUAUUUUUUGACACAGUAAAGUUUCUUUCAAACUUAAUCUCCUGCAAAAAAUGUCAGUUGUCUAGAUCUAGGUCUAAUACUUUAAUUCUUAUGAUUGUUUCAAAAUUGGCAUGAAUUUGAUUUUUU